ACAUCACCAUCGGUCAGUCACAUCCUUCGUCUUCCCAGCAUGGCGCGCAUGCCUCUUCUCGCUGUCGCUUCCACGGCUCUCCUACUAGUGCUCUUCGUCUCGGCCCCGCCGUGCCGCGCGGCGUCAGGCGGCGGCCCGCCCGCCGUGCUUCUGCCGGCGAGCAAGGACGACGCGACGCAGCAGUACGUGACGAUGUUCCGGCAGCGGACGCCGCAGGCGCCCGUGAAGGCCGUGCUGGACCUCGCGGGCGCCACGCUCUGGGUGGACUGCGAGGCCGGGUACGUGUCGUCGUCCUACGCGCGCGUGCCGUGCGGGUCCAAGGCGUGCCGCCUCGCCAAGAGCAACGCGUGCGCCACCAGCUGCGACGGCGCGCCGUCGCCGGCCUGCCUCAACGACACCUGCGGCGGGUUCCCCGAGAACACGGUCACGCACGUCAGCACCAGCGGCAACAUCAUCACCGACGUGCUGUCGCUGCCCACCACCUUCCGCCCGGCCCCGGGGCCGCUCGCCACCGCGCCGGCGUUCCUGUUCACCUGCGGCGCCACCUUCCUGCUCGAAGGCCUCGCGGCCGGCGCCACCGGCAUGGUAUCCCUCAGCCGCGCUCGCUUCGCGCUCCCCACACAGCUCGCCGCCACCUUCCGCUUCUCCCGCAAGUUCGCGCUCUGCCUCCCGCCGGCCGCCGCGGCCGGCGUCGUCGUCUUCGGCGACGCGCCGUACGUGUUCCAGCCCGGCGUGGACCUCUCCAAGUCGCUCAUCUACACCCCUCUCCUCAUCAACCCGGUGAGCACGGCGGGGGUGUCCACCAAGGGAGACAAAUCAACCGAAUACUUCGUCGGCUUGACGGGCAUCAAGGUGAACGGCCGUGCCGUGCCACUGAACACGACGCUGCUGUCCAUCAGCAAGAAGGGAGUAGGCGGCACCAAGCUGAGCACCGUGUCCCCCUACACCGUGCUAGAGACCUCCAUCCACAAGGCCGUCAUCGACGCGUUCGCGGCCGAGACGUCCAUGAUCCCCCGAGCGCCGGCCGUCGCUCCGUUCAAGCUGUGCUACGACGGGAGCAAGGUGGGGAGCACGAGGGUGGGGCCGGCCGUGCCGACGGUCGAGCUGGUGUUCCAGAGCGAGGCCGCAUCGUGGGUCGUGUUUGGGGCGAACUCCAUGGUGGCCACCAAGGGCGGCGCGCUCUGCCUCGGCGUGGUGGACGGCGGCGCCACGCCGGAGACGUCGGUGGUCAUCGGCGGGCACAUGAUGGAGGACAACCUGCUGGAGUUUGACCUGGAGGGAUCGCGUCUGGGGUUCAGCUCUUCGCUACUGUUCCGUCAAACGACCUGCAACAACUUUCGCCUCGGCUAAACGCGCGUGCAAUGCAGGCAGCUGGCACCGUAGCCUAUCUCCCAACAAUUUGGUUAGAUAAUGGAAGUAAUAAUCCGAAAAACUUUAUCUGUAUUUCUUUGUGCGAUCGUGCAAAAGUUGUUGGAAUAAACUGUUCAUCUAUUACAACAAAGUCAACCAGUUUAGGCAUUUGACUUGGAUCUACUUGUUCUUUACCAUCUCCUUGAUUGGGAGAAGCAGCGUUUGGUUGAAACAAUAAUUUGGGUUUAGUUAGCGUUAGGAAAAUUGGACCGUGGCCAAUUAA